UAAAUGUGACAAAUAUAUACGCAGCAUAUCAAAUCGGUUAAGAGCAUGCUAAUAUACGGACUUCUUCAACUUCUCUCCGACGUUGCCUAGUGCUGCCUAGUACAAGUGAAUAAAUAAUAACAUUUUAAACAAAUUUAAAGGUCACUUGAACCCGGCGAGUAAACAGCGACCAUGCUGAAGAUAAGCAGUUUCAUUAUCUUAAUUGUUCUCCUCGUCACAGAUAUUGCAUGUAAAGAAAAACGAGAGAUUGCCCCCUUGGGCGAGUGUAGACGCAGUAACUACAUAAGGAUAUGCGACAGAUGCACGUGUGGAUACCCCACACUAAACAGCAUCUUGAAGCUUCUACCCGGCUUCCUCGUUUCACCGAAAUCACUGGACUCGAAGUCUACUGGCAUUCCAAUAUCUGCCGUUCCCCCCUCUGAAUAUGCUGAAAGUCUUGAAGCGGCAAGAACAAGGAAAAAACGCCAGGCACAGACUGAUAACAACAGAUGCUGUGAGGGUUAUUCCUACUACUACUGCCCUAUGAUCACUGUAACAAUUGACGGCCAGCAGUGGGAAUCGGUUCAGGAUGGUGAUUGCACCAACCCAACACCCCAGGGACUAUUUCAAUUCAUACCCGUGAAAGUAUGUGUAAUAAGCGGUUCUGACUGCAAUCAGUUACAAGGCAAAUGCUGGGAGGAGUAUCGUAAUUUCCCCGUACUGGUGGAAAGAGUGGACUGUCCAGGAGAAUUCAGAUUCCAUCAGCUCUCCAUGCCUGUUGCGUGUCUCUGCCUUAACGUCUAAUAACGCAAAAGUAAUAGUGACUCAUUCACCGGGAACACUUCCGCAUAGCGGUCUACUACACAAAUCAUUUUACAUUUUAUGACACUUUGGUCCACCAUCAUUCAUUAUUAUAAUGAAAAAUGAUAAUGUGGAUAAUGGAUAUUCAGGUCGAGUGUGUUAUGCAUACCAUUUUACUGUAAGUAGAUGAUUCACAACUGCAGCAAUGUCAGUUUUAAAAACAUCAGAGUGAUUCCAAAUUAAGCAGUGCUUCAACGUAACCUUUUGGUUGUUAAAAAGUUGUGUAGGGGCCUACAUUUUCAAGCCCUAUACUGAUUAGAUCAAAUUUACAGUAUUUAUAGAUAUGUAUGCGAGCGUGCAAGCGUGUGAGCUUGAAAGUACAUUUGACUAGAUAGAUAUAAAAUGUCUUUACCUUAGCGAACUAGAUUCUUACAUAUUUUUUUUUUAUUUUUCAAAAGGAAAUAUUUAAUAUUGUUGUGAAGUGAGUACAUUUUAAUGGCAAUACAAAUGGAGGGUCGUGAUCCCUCAUUUACGUAUUUUUUAUUUGUUUUAAUUAUUUUUAUGUUACUUUCAGGUUCAACUUAAGUUAAAGGUCAAUAAACAGUGUUU